AAUUGUUUGCCCAGUGGUCUGUUGAACAGCCCUGUUGGUUUUCUGUUUACAGUUUGGAAUUAAAACCUUUCUUUACUCAGUUUUGUGUUGGGGGCGUGUGUAUGUUACUCCUCCCCUGACGCCUAGCAGAGGAGGUUGUAACAGCCUCCAAAGGCAGCCAAUAUCCAAAGAAGAGCUUUGAAUGUCCUUCAAGAAAUAACUGUGUUGGAGAAUAUUGACGUUCACGCUCGUUAGACCGGUACUCAGCUUUUGCUUCAUAUUUCUAUUGUCAAGAAAGACCAUGUUUAGGGCACAUAUGAGUGUGACAAGAAUAUGGCAGCUCAUAGAAAAGAGGAUGAUGUCGUGCAUCAGUGUGCAUGGGAAGCUGCCCGGUCUUCAGCGUGCUGUUGGUGAAGUUCGGAGGAAGAGCAGCUUUAGACAAAGCCCUUUGCUGACAGCCACUCCUGUUCGUGCGCUCAUAGAUGAACAGAUCAGCAUUAAAGGGUGUUUCCUGUCUCAAAAUUAUCCUGUCACAGUGUGCGCACAAAUGCACAGUGAGGAGGGAGAUCUGUGGGAGGCGUUUGCUCAUUAUACAACAAAUGCGAGCGGCAGCAUCAACUUGACCAGCGAUCAUUCAGUUGGAGGUUCUUAUGUAGGCUGUGAGCCGAUGGGACUCUUCUGGGCUUUGGAGCCUGCACUCGGAAGCAGAGAAGGUUUGAGGCUUAGGAAAAGAAACGUGGAGACCCCAUACAUAGUGAACAUCUCCUUAUUGGAGGGCCACACUUCACCCAGUGAGGGGCAGAGGACUGAGCUGGCAGCUGUAACCACUGAGCGCUGGUACAUGGCGCCAGGAGUGAGGAGAAUAGAGAUCCGUCAAAACAAAAUCGUAGGAACAUUAUUCUUACCCCCGGGCCCGGGCCCUUUUCCUGCUAUGCUGGAUCUGUGGGGAAUGGGUGGAGGACUGUUGGAGUACCGCUCUGCACUUUUUGCCUCCAGGGGUUUUGCGAGUCUUUCUGUUGCUUACAUGGGGCACAAAGACUUACCUGGACCACCACACAUGAGUGUUGGCGAUUCAUAUUUCAAAUCAGCCUUCCAGCUACUUCAAGAUCACUGUCAGGUCGAUGCAGACAGAAUUGGGGUCAUUGGCCUCUCCUAUGGAGUCUUUCCGACUCUUCGCAUCGCCACUACGAUUGGUUUUAAACCAUCAUGUUUGAUUUGUAUUAAUGGGGCAGUAGGAAGCCCGCUGUUGGACGAAGAUGGCAAGAGCAAAAUGUUUGAGAGCGAUCAGAAACAUUGGGAGUUCGAUGAUCGAGGCUAUGCGAGUUUCAGAAAUGUCUCUCUGCCGGAUAAUCUGCCCCCUGAGAGCAAACAGAAGGUAGAGAACAUCACCUGUCCUCUCAUGUACAUAGUGGGUGAAGAUGAUCUGUGUGCUGCAAGCACAGAGAAUGCAGAUGUGAUUGAGGAGGCCCUGAGGUCUGCAGGUAAAUCUCAUCAGUUUACCCGUUUGUCAUAUCCCGGCGCCGGUCACCUGAUCGAGCCACCCUACACACCGUGUGCAAGAGCGUCUCUAUGGAGAGCCAAACCAGAGAAAUUAUUCACUCUGUGGGGAGGUCACCCCGCACCCCACGCUGCUGCUCAAGAAGAUGCCUGGAAGAGGAUCCUGGAGUUUAUGGAAACCCAUCUGAGGCGAUGAAUCACCGCAUGGACAAUAAUCCAUCAUUAACGGGAUUCUGAAAUCCUGCAUUUGUCUGAGAGAGAGUUGUGAAAGAUGUCCCACAACUGGUGUGCAACUUGGUGAAAAGAACAGCAAUAAUAAUAAUAAAUAAAUAAACUAAUUUAAAAUUAUUUGGGCCACAAGAGGUCGCUGCUUGGUUGCUAUCAAAACAGGCAUUUUAAUAGGAGUCAAUCUGCACGGUACAAAGGAAAAAUCUUUCAGCAGUUUAGACCCACAGAUGCUGGGCUGCCAAGUACAGCUGCAGUUAUACUCAUCAAGUAGUAUAGGUCUUAUUUUUCUUAACUGGACUGCAUUACAUGUACACAUGUCUGUUAUUUGUCUUUCUUAAAGAUAGCACCAGUUCUCA